ACGCAGAUCAGCCAACCACAUCGACCCUCAUCUCCCAGUUCCAGCCAUCGCUCCUCCUCCAUGGGAUUCCUUUGAACAACAGGACAACAACUACAAUGUAGAAUCUUGGAGUGAUCGUUAGGAUUGUUUCCGUCAAGAGUUUGAAAGAGCAUUGACUGCCUACGUUGAGGCAUCAAUAGACCCCCCUGAUUCGGAGAGCUCUGAUGGGGGCAGCAUCCUACUUGAAAAUGCUCUCUCCACUGAUAAUCAAGAAUCUUGUGAGUGCUAUGAGAAAAAAAAAAAAGUUUAAUCCCUUCUUUCUAGAUCAAAUCGGAUCUAGACAAUCACGUCAAAGGCCACAAGUAUACAAAGGUGCAUGGAGUCCAUGGCAGGAUCGUUUAUCGUGUACAUUGGAUAUUGUUGCAAACCUACCGCGUUCUGAUUUCUCUGAUAAAGACAUAGAAGUUCUUUUAUGGUUGUUACAAAUAAAUGGUGUUAGCAAUGUUCCUUCUGUAGGUCAAAUGAAGGCUCUUUCGAGGUAUCUCAACGACGUGUGCAAUGUAAAAAUGCAAAGAUACAUGGGAGCUUUUGGACAUGCAUACUACACCGUGAAACUACACUCUCUGGUGUCAAUGGACUUGGCAAAUCCACUCAUACGAGAACAUUUGGAGUUCUACCCAGAAGAUGCAGGAACAAGACUAUAUGAAAGUCGACAGGCUAGCGCAUGGUUGCAUCACGCAAAUCCUCACAGGCUCACUCCAAUGCACCGCAAAGGCCUGACUGACUACUAUACAUUUGAACCAACACUUCUGAAAGAUGGUACAGUUUGUAUGCCGCACCGAUGGUACAAAAAAUCAAGCAUAAUGUGGUUUUCUGCGUGGUGUAUGGUUUCUGAGGCCAGAGCCAAUCAAACUGGGUGGAUCAGUAAUCAAGGAGAUCAAAUUGAUCUAUCCGAAGUCGAACUCUCUAUCUAUGGUAAGGAUCUCAUUAGCAGCCUAUACCUUGGUUCGGCCUAUCCUUCUUUCAACAACAUUCAUGGCUAUAGAAGAUCUUGUGAUGGCCCUAUAGAGGAAUGGCCCCUUAGCCUGCUAAACCCAUGGCGUGCCAAGGCAAAAGGCUCACGAGUUGUUUCUUACCCUGUGUGGUUAUACUGUGAUGAUACAUCUGGUAACCGAUCAAAGAAUGCACCUCCGCUUGAAAUGUUAGAUGGGGUUAUUCGGGAGUUCGAAGAGUGUCAGGAAGCCGGCAUAUGGGCAUAUGAUUGCAUCCUCCACGAGGUUGUCCUUGUACUUGUUUUUAUUCUCGCUUUGCUUGGGGAUAAUCCAAUGCAGAGUGAAUUUGCCUGCCAUGCAGGUCUGAGAUCACGCUUUUUUUGUCGAUGUUGUUGGGCAUCUGGCAAUGCCAGCGGACAUCAAGAACUAACAGGGUUUGUUAGCUGGGUAAAAAGCUUCAUCAUGACUAACAAACUGUUAGAUUGGACACUCAAGAAACCCUUUAGAAACGCAAGCAUCACCUUAAACUAUCUUGGAAAACACUGCAAGGGGUUCCACAGGCCCGAAAUCAAGGAAUUCGCACAUCAACAGGCUAAGAAAAAGCUCAGAGGUUCAAACACUGACGAUGCAACUCAGCAGAUUUUGUCUCAAAUGCCGACAAAUCCAUACAAUCCUAUCUGGCAUGUUAAAGGCUACAGCAAGUACUUCUGGCAAGAUGCUAUUAGCUGGCUAUCAGAUUCUGAAAAGGAGAUACUCAAAGCUAGAUUAUCGAGUAUUGAUGUAUCUGGUCUUGACCCCUCAGUGACAAUGCUCCAAGGUCAUACUCUGGUUCAGUACACUGGCUCCCUUCCUGAAAUCGACAACCUAGAAGCCUAUUUGCACAUCAGAGAGUACGGGCCUGCCAUUACAUUUGCCACGGAAGGAUUCAAGUUGUUUAACAGUGUUAUUUGGGGGUGGUGUAUUAACUCAAAUCAUCAAGCUCUGUCUCAUGACAGUGCUCAAUGCGCAAUAUCACUUGCUCGACUGCGACACCUUGUCUGUGGUGGUUACUUUGAGGCAGAGAUUGAGGCUAGCAAUGGUAGGAUGAGUACUAAGUGGAUUAGUGCCGGGGAACUUGCAGGAAGUAUAUUUAAAACAUCACCUGUAGUUGCACAUCAUCUUGGGUUGAAUACAAAGCAGUCUGCACCUCAGGGUCUUUGCACCUUGUCAAAGGAGCCACCGUGCAUCUGGCAGAAAAUGCAGGCAUUAGUGAAGUUCAGGUCCCCAUUUGGCCCAAUGUACUACCAAAAAUGUGCAACCGUGGUUAUCCAAAAUGGCAAUGUGAUCAAAGUAGGCCACCAUGCUGCGUAUAAGGAUGAGAACAAUAUACACCAUGUCUGUCAAGUUAUCAAAAUGCUUGUCCGUCAAGACAAAAUGAUGGACCAGCAUGCAAAGGUUGUUUUUCUGCAGAGGCUAGAUGUCGGUGAUGUGGUCCUACCCUAUCAGAUGCUAAGUGUCAAGAUGAUCUAUCUUGUGGGAUCAACCUACAGUAUAACUGUGCCUCCAAUAGAUGCACAGUUUCCGCUACUUGACCAAAAUACCGAGAGAGAGAGAGAGGCUGCCUGA